AGACUACUAUCGCUCAUUCCGAUUUUAACCAACGUACGCGUCGGUCGCGCGCUUCUCGCUAUUUUUAAAAACACGUGGCUCAGUGACUUAUUCAUAGUAUUAUAACCUAGAGAUUUACGCGGCUGAUUAUUAUUACGACGCCUCAUCGUAUAAUCCUAGUCGAGUGGAUAAAGAGAGCCGUUAUCAUUGAGACGUUGGAGCGAAGCCAUCAAAAUGACUAAUGAGUCCAACGGCAUCCCAGCUCCACAGGAGUUGGAAACUUUCAUUCAUCCAGACGAAAAGGCUAAGGAGCUAGAAGUCAAAAAAUACAAUUUAGCAGAUGCAGAAGCGGGGGAGUAUGAUCCGUUUGCGGAAAGAAAAUUGGAGAAUCCAACUUCAAAUAUGGACACGCUCACUCAUCUCCUCAAAGCCUCGCUGGGUACCGGAAUUCUGGCCAUGCCGAAAGCUUUUAAAGCAGCGGGACUUAUCUCAGGCAUAUUCUUCACUGUGUUGGUUGCAGUAGUGUGCACACACUGCUCUUAUGUACUUAUAAAAUGUGCCCAUGUGCUGUACAUAAAGACGAAAAAGCCAUCCAUGAGCUUUCCAGAAGUGGCGGAAGCCUCGCUAAUGCAUGGCCCGGAAUGGGGCAAGAAAUGGGCUAAUUCCUUUAGGAUAUUUAUUGUGGUCUGCCUGUUCAUGACGUACUUUGGUACAUGCUCAGUGUACACGGUCAUCAUAGCCAAGAAUAUUGUGCAGGUAAUCCCUCCGUCCAUGGUGGACCAAUCAGAUGAUGGAGUAAUCCGUGUGAUCAUUCUGAUCUUACUGGUUCCUCUCAUACUCAUGGUGUGGAUCAAGAAUCUCAAGUAUCUCGCCCCAGUAUCCAUGCUCGCCAACUUCUUCAUGGGGCUCGGUCUCGGAAUUACUUUCUACUUCUUAGUAGGCACCGGGGAACUGAACUUUGAUAAUGUCUCCAUGAUCAAGGCGCCAUGGGAAUGGCCGGAGUUCUUUUCUUUAACAAUAUUCGCCAUGGAAGCCAUCGGGGUUGUGAUGCCGCUGGAGAAUUCUAUGAAGACCCCGAAAUCCAUGCUUGGCUUUUGUGGUGUGCUAAACAAGGGAAUGUCCGGAGUCACCCUUGUAUACAUUCUAUUGGGUUUUCUGGGAUAUCUGCGGUUCGGUGAAAAUGUCCAAGACUCCAUCACUCUGAAUCUGGAACCACAUCCUGAUGACCCUCAAGUUUAUGGAGUGCUCGCCCAAGUUGUAAAGGUCAGUAUCGCUGUUGCCGUCUACUGCACAUUCGGUCUGCAGUUCUUCGUGUGCAUCGAGAUCAUGUGGAACAGCAUCAAGGAGAAGUUCACGAACCGGCCUAACUUCGCCGACUACGUGAUGCGCACCAUCAUGGUCACGCUGUGCGUCCUCCUGGCGGUCGCUUUCCCGACUAUCGGCCCUCUCAUGGGAGUCAUCGGUGCUUUCUGCUUCUCACUCCUCGGCCUCAUCGCUCCAGCGUUCAUUGAGAUCGUUACGUAUUGGGACAUCGGCUACGGCCCCUGCAAGUACCUUAUAUGGAAGAACGUCCUCGUACUCAUGUUCGGCCUCUUCGCCCUUAUAUUUGGCACCAAAACUGCCAUCCUAGGCAUUAUUUACUCGGCAUGAAUGCCAUUUAACAUAUUUACAACCAAAUAGAAUAAUGUUUUAAUGUGUGAUAUGUGGUACGUAGAUUUUACUAGCUGACACGUCAAGGCGGACGACGCUAUGGGCAGUGGUGCUAUUAUUCCUUUUUAGACACUUUAAUUGGAUUUUUUUAGCGUGAUUGGACCUCGUCUGCAUAGUCCCUAAGUAUAAAUUUGGGUUCGUCAGUACAGUACUAACUAUAAUUAUGAGAAAUUAGGAGUAUGAUCUGUGUGUAAAACGUACUUACGUGUUAAAAUUAUCUAAAAGCAUUCCGAAACAUAGGUACAAUGGUGGGGUGAAUUUGCUGUGCAGAUUAUAUUAAGUGCUUGAUGCCGUUAAGUAAGGUGAUUUUAAAUAUGAUCUACGAUCUUGAUGAGAGUUUUUAUAACAACUAUACAUUUUAAGAAUAUCGAAUUAUUUUAAGGUUUUAUAUAAUUAGACAUAAUUAACAUUUGCGCUACAGCGAAAUUAAUAUAAGUAUUACCUUUUUCAAAUGCACUCAUUGGUACAUAAAAGUAAUUUAUUCAAAAUAGGGACAGAAAGUGCAAAUAUUUGGUAUUAUUUGUAGUCGAUUGUUUAAGGUACUUUUAAGAUUUCCAUUCAUAUUGAUUAUUCAUCGAAUCGAAUCGCACAUUGUUUAUUUUUACAGUAAUAAUAAGCAAAGUCAAUAAGUUAUUCUUUUUUAUUAAAAUCGAACAAAAAGAAAAAGACCGAGGAUUUUAUAGGAAUUAAAUUAUAUUUAGGAAAGUGUAAUGCAUUUAUUAUUUAAAAUUAUGGAAACUAAAUUUUGUAGUACAUAAUGUCAAUGAAUGUGAAUUUAUAUAACAUUAUUAUUGUGAUACAAUUGGUGGAAUCUGGAGAUAUUGGGCGUGGCUUUACACCCUGUUUUGAGUCUUGGCUAUAUUUAUACCUAUAGGAAUAAUACUUUUGUGGUCCAUACUGUAGUUAUAUAUUGAAUCAUAUACAUAAAUCAAUGCUUAGAUACAUUAAUAUAAGAGUAAAGAUAUUAAAUUACAGCACCAUAUCUAUUUUUCCAUGACAAGAUGAAAUAUAAACAGGAUCGGUCUAGUGCCUUGAAUAUAAAGGUUUUAUUAGCAUAAUAAUACAUAUAAUAAUACAUACAAAUAUUAUACAAGUGUUUAUAGAGUAUUAAGUAUUAUGUUAAAAAUAUAUUGAAGUUCCUAAGCUAAAUAGUAUGAAUUUUGUAUUUAUUUUUAAUUCGAAUAAGUUAAAGAUGCCAUUUAUUUAAUAUUGCAUGAAAUUGUUAUAAUUUUAUAAUUUUUCAUCAAUAUUCAAAGGGGCAUUGUAUUAUGCAAAUACAAAGCUUGUACGAUA